GCCUGCAACACAACAUAACACCUUUGCGCUUGCGUGUCCAGCAACAAUUGGGACUUUGCAUCAUGAGCUCUUGACUCUCUUUUUCAUUCUUUGCAAUCAAUUGACGCAUUGAUGAGGGAUGAAAUUUCCAGAUGGACGACUGGAAACUCCCCAAUUACGCUGCCGCACGGGGGGAUCCAGAGGACGCAGGUGGUGCCGACGACGAUGAGACGCUGUUAGCUGGUCAUGAUCACGACGAUUCUGAAGAUGAGGAGAAGACCGGAGAAAGCUCUAUGCUCGGCAGCAGGAGGAGCAUGAAGAGCAGUUUUUGGAUGAUUUUGAUGACGAUAGCCACGUUGGCGGCGAGGAGGAUAUUGAAUAGUGGUUUUCCUUAUCCUUAUUAUUAUGUUCUGCUCAUUCAAUUGGGAGCGUACACUUGCGUGGUUUUGAUCGUACUCCUCGCCAAACUCAAACAUUUCCGAACAGCACGGCGGAAACCAGAAGAUGAGAAGCACACCUGGCUCGAGACCAUCUUCAUGGGAUUUCGAACGCUUCUUUCCUCGUCUAUCGGCGCUGUUUCGAUAUUAUGUGCAGCUCAGGCUGUCCUCCAUUUCCCAAACCUUCCACUGCUUGCGAUGCUGCCGAUUUUGACCUAUGUCAGCGACAGCAUUCUUUUUCGAUUCGCAUAUACAAUUCACCUGCUUCCAAGAGGACAGAGCACUUCUUUGAGAAAAGUUUAUCGUAUCGUGGUGAUCGUAUUUUGUGCUUGUCUUGCAAUUUACGAUGACUACCGACUUAAUGUCCACGGUUUGAGCAUUCUUUUAGCUAGUUUCGGACUCGCAAGUCUUGCCAAAGCUGUUUCCAAAGCAGGGCCGAAAAUUGAAACCAAAGGACCUCAGUCAUGGGAGACUCCUUUGCAGACUUAUCUGCUUGCCGGAAUUCCUCCCUUGGUGUUGGCUGGUGUGGCUACUAUGAAGUUUGAGAAUAUCGCUGCGGCAUCUGCGAUUUCUCAGACGUGGACCGUCCUGUACCGGGUGAUGAAUCUUGGGCCUGGCGUUGUCCUGCAAAUAGUUUUUGGCAGCUCGAUCCUGAGCGCAUAUCCAUUCAUGUCCCAGGAGCACGUGGGCGGCGCUUUGGAGGAAGUGAGUGAUCAGGCAAGAGAUGCUGUUGCUUCGACCUUACAGGCCGGCUUCUGGACCUUCGUCAUUGGAGUCCUCGGUAAUGAAACCAACUUCAUUACUUGGACACAGGUAAUCGCCUUUACACUCAUCUACAUCAUCAGCAUUGGACCGAAACACAUUGCCUAUUACCCGCCUCGGUUUAUGAAUCUACUCUUACGAUUGUUUCGGCGCAGACCACAGCCUAUCCAUGCCGAGCCGUGGCAAUUUUCCGUUGUCCUGAUCUCCACCACGAUCGUCUUUGCCAUUCUGGUGAGCACUAAUACUACUUUCUGGGUUGAUACCAUUGCCUAUCACCGCAAUCUCGGAACGUGGCUUGGUCCAAAUAAGCUCAUUCUCGAUACCAUGUAUCGACCACCAGAGCUUCGUUCGUUUGAUGUAGUCAUUGCUCACUCAGCAGGUGAUUCUGUGGAAUCGAUUAUCAAUCUCGUCAACACAUACGCACGACACUACUCCAUCGGCCAUCUCGCCCCAAGGGUAAAGGUUUAUACCAGAGACCCCACUUUUAACCUUUCGCAGACCAGUCCUGAAUAUCUGAGAGGAGAUUUUGAAGGCGAGCUUUCGGUUCAAACCCUUCGUAAUGUGGGUGGUGCUUCAAGUUCCUUCCUCCACCAUAUUCUUUACAGCUGGGACAACUUUCCCGUUCAAACGAUGUUCCUCAGCACACACAGCAUGACCGAAACCUUGCUUCCGCUCCUCCAUACCAGAUUCGAGGAGUAUUUCGUAGCAGCUGGAUUUCCCAUCCCAGAUGCACUUCCCAAAACUGGGUUUUUGAAUCUCGGAGACCACGAAACGUGUUGGUGUGGAGGAUGCUACGAUAUCUCGGGUUGGGAAGAUACAUUCCACCUCGUACCCAGCAUGUGGAGCGCUGCACGACCAGAGUCUAAGAAAUGUGAGAGUGUCCUUCUCACGUACGGGAACAACUUCAUCACUACAGCGGCUAGGAUUCGUGGUAUCAAGAAGGAAAUCUGGCAGCUCCUUUAUGAUGCGUUGGUCAAUGAAGAUAAAACGAAUGCAUGGGCUCACGCUCCCGAAAAGAUACCCAAGAAGCUCCCCGGAGAAGAAGGAAAAGGGAGAUGGGCCAAGGGACAGAUUUAUGGGGAAGAAGACAGUUUGGAGAAGCCAUAUUUGGGGCAUACUGUAGAGAGAUUAUGGGGUAUUCUAUUGCAGUGCAGCACUGGGGAGAUUGCGUGGAAGUGUCCGAGUUUGGAGAGGGAAUAUAGAACUGGUGGGAACAAGGAAGAUUGUGGAUGUAUUGAGUGAGAGGCAUUACCUCUCCAUUUCUCAUAGGAAGCGGCGGCGCUGGUGUUCACGGAUGGGUAUAUUUGUAUUGUUUGAAAAGGAGGGGGUGAGCAUGCACGAAUCAUUCGAGUUAUAAAAGCUAGAUUCUGAUCAAUUCCUUUUCAGGACUUUCUUGUGGUCAUAAAUGGCAUUUGUCAACUGAGCUAAGCAUGAGG